AUGUUAUCCACAACGAAGACGGCAGAUUUGGCAAAAGAUUCGUCAGCAUACUGGCGUAUCCCAUCUCGCAACUUCCGAACCUCGGCACGCCUACAUCUCCAGCACUUUCUGUUCCAGAACACUCUUGACAAUAUACUCCUUAGUAGUCAUAUUAAAGAGUCUCUUUCAACCAAAUCUACAAUCAGAGUUGCCGACCUUGGGUGUGGUAAUGGUGUCUGGCUAACAGAUUUACAUCGUAGCCUAUCAUCGGCCGUGCCUGAUGCGAUGCUCCAGCUCCACGGCUUUGACAUCAAUCCAACAAACUUCCCAGCGGCCGAAUUUCUGCCAAAGUCGGUAGUAUUGAGUACUGUUGAUGUGCUCGAAAUGCCAUUACCGGCGGAGCUGCUGGGCACUUUUGAUGUUGUGCAUCUACGAGCAUUCGUGAGCAUUAUACGCAACUGUGAUCUUACCCCAAUUUUGACCACUGCCAUUUCUCUCCUGAAGCCUGGUGGCUGGAUACAAUGGGAAGAGACACGCGCCGACAAUUUUAUGACCAUAUCGCCGUCUCCAGAUCUGCCUAAGUCCGCAUGUGAUGGUAUAAUUCACACUCUUCGUGAAAGUGGCAAGUCACAAGGCCUCGAUUUUAGCUUUCUGGACUCUCUAGACAGGUACCUGAUAAAGCAAGGCUUUGAAGAGGUUCAGUUACAACAGGUCAAUAAACGGAAUGCUGACUUGAAGGCAUGGACAGAAGACUAUCUGAUGGUGUGGGAGGAACUGGCGGAGAUGCUUCCAACUCUCGACCAAAUACCACAAGCAGGAUUGACCAAAGAAGUAUUUUCGGACCUAUUUGCAAGGGCUGUAAAAGAAACAGAAGCUGGCGUGUUUCUGGGCAUCACUGCCAUCAUAGUUGGCGGCCAACUCAUGAUCGUCUACAUUGGUGGUGCGGCCUUCGGUGUGACCCGAAUCGGUGGCAUUCUCUGGGCCAAUUUGCAUGAUAUGCGCCCUUGGUUGCCUCCCAUGUGCCGUCAACCUGUUUAUAAUUCAGGAGCGAGGUUCUACUUAACGCAAUAG